CAAUACGGUAGGGGAGGCUCCCAUGAGAUGCUGCAGAAGAACGCACAGCUACGAUGCACACUGCUCCUCACUCUUCCGAGCCCUGAGCAUCAAGUCUCCGGCCGCGUGCAUGCCGGCGCGGCCACCCCCCCUUCGAGGUGGAGAUGCAUCCCCCGUGCACCCCCGGCUCCUCACCUUUCCGAGCCCUGAGCAUGAAGUCUCCAGCCGCUUGCCUGCCGGCGCCCCUCCCCCGAGAGGUGGAGAUGCGUCCACCGGGGCCUCCGCCUGCGUGGUGGAGGUGGCCGACCUGGACGCCUGCAUCCCGGGCGACCCGGCCUCGGGCGCGUGGCAGGCGAAGGCGAAGGUGGUGCUGCAGAAGCACUUCAAGCGCUUCGGCCCACUGCUGGAGGUGAAGAUCCCCACCUCCGUCGCCUCCUUGCGAUUCGCGAGCUCGAAAGGGCCCGACGCCGUCAUGGUCACGGCCCCGCGGGGCUACCUGGCCGUCGGCGACGGCGAGGUGCGACUGCGGCUUCCGGGUGCGCCGGAGGCCGUGUGGCGCAGGUUCCCGCCGGCGCGGCCCCAGGCGGGGGCGCCAGAGGCCCGCGGUGCUGGCGGCACGCAGGCCGCCGGGGCGGAGAGCGCCGCCAAGCGCCGCAAGCUGCGGCCGAACGAGCGCUUCGCGGCGCGGCUGCAGGGCGCCGCGGAGGAGGAGGAGGACCUGCCCGCCGCGGCCCCCGCGCCCGCAGCGGCGCCCGAGCCGCCGGCGCCGGAGCCUCCGCCGCAGGAGCUGCCGGUGGCGCCGCCGGAGCCGGAGAGGCCCUCGCCCGCCACGGCCGGCGCGGGCGCGAGCGCCGAGGACCUGGCCGUGUGCAGGGGCGAGGAGGAGGUGGCGAAGGGCAUGGUCGCGCUGCUGGACCUGCCCUUCUCCAGGCGGAAGAAGGCCCUCCGGGCGCUGCGGCUGCAGUGGCACCCCGACAAGAGGCCAGAAGAGCAGGAGGUCGCCACGCGGGUGUUCCAAUUCAUCCAGGCGCACGACUGCUGGCUCGCCCACCACGGCAUCGUCGACCAGGUGGAGCCGCGCCCCGCGGACUGAGGCGUGCCAAGCGCCGCCGCGGCCACGCCGCGACCUCCUGGGGCGAGCGGCGGAGGAAACAAAACAUGUGACAAGCACGCGCGUUACCUUUAGAGUCAACACUGGUAGGAACUUUCGUUUUCUUCUUCACUGUUUUGCCGAUCGUCACGUGCCCUCGC